AUGGGGAUAUCGCCCUUUAGAAUCGACAUAACCAAACAGGAAGUCGAACGACUACAAAGGAAGUUGCAAGACACGAGAAUUCCGAAAACACCCAUUGUUCCUGGGGCUGGUAGCGACUAUGGUCCUCCGAUUGAAUGGUUCCAGCGUCUCACCAACAAAUGGCGAGACGAGUUUGACUGGUUUUCUAUACAAGAACAUCUGAACCGACAUGACCACUUUCUCGCUGACAUUGAUGAUGAGAAUUCCCAGCUGCGAAUCCAUUUUACGCAUAUCAAGUCGACAAGAACCGAUGCAAUCCCUCUUAUCUUGGUCCAUGGUUGGCCCGGCUCAUGGCACGAGUUCGACCGCGUGGUUGACGCCUUUGCCAAUCCCGAGGACGUUUCGGAUCCGGCAUUCCACGUCGUGGUGCCGAGUCUGCCUGGGUUCUGUUGGUCUUCUGCACCCCCUCGGCGGGGUUGGACGAUGCAAGACACAGCACGGGUCUUCAAUAAACUGAUGAUCCAGCUUGGUUAUACGCAUUACGUUGUGCAAGCGGGUGAUUGGGGAUCGUUUGUGGCCCGCGAAAUGGGCGCCAAAUUCCCGGAGUGCAAAGCAGUCCAUCUGAACUUCUGUCCGGUCGAGCUGGAUGACAGUAUCACAGACCUUACACCCCGCGAGGUGAAAAUCAAAGAAUGCUGCCAAGAUUGGUUGGAUAACCAUCUGGGGUAUGCUGUUUGUAUGCGGACCCGUCCACAAACCAUUGGUGUCGCGCUGAGUGAUAACCCGGUCGGAAUCCUCGCCUGGGUCGGAGAGAAAUAUCUGGAGGCGGUGGCUCCCGCAAAGGUUCAGUCUCCAGAUCCGACAUGGGACCAAGCAAUUCUCACCACAUGUUCUCUGUAUUAUUUCACAGACUGUAUCAUGUCUUCGGGUCUACCAUAUUUCGAAGGUGUCAAGCAUGCAGAUUUUGGGAAUUUCUUCCUGAAGCAAGAGAACUACAUCGGGGUGCCUAUGGGCUACACCAGUUUCCUCUAUGACACAAGGCCAGGGACCGAGAGAAGCGUGAGGAAGACGGGACGACUAGUGUUCUACAAUGAGUGCGACGAUGGCGGUCAUUUUGCUGCAUUGGAACGGCCGGACGUUAUUCUCGCUGACUGCCGGAAGUUCUUCAGAGAGUGGUACAACGCUUGA